AUGCCGAGCAUAUUUUCCUACCAGAGUGCCGAAGUGGAUUGGUGUGAAGGCAACUUCGAGCGCUCGGCGGUGAUUGCGGAGUACUACAACACCAUCAGCAAUGUGAGCUUCUUUCUCCUUGCUCCUGCCCUGCUCUUCCUGAACCGGCAGUACUGUAAGCAGCGUGCGGUGCCCUUGUAUGUUGUCUCUGGCCUGCUCAUCCUCAUAGGUGUCUUCUCCACGUACUUUCACAUGACCCUGAGCUACGUAGGACAACUCUUGGAUGAGCUUUCCAUCCUCUGGUCACUGGCUGUGGCAUACUCCUUCUGGUACCCACAGGUUUACUUCCCCAAGUGCAUCAAGACCAGGAAGCAUUUCUUCUGGCUGACUGGUACCACCACCGUGAUCAGUACCUUGAUGUCUUUUGUCAAACCAACCCUCAAUGCCUACGCGCUCAACUGCAUCGCCUUCCACCUGCUGUACCUGACCUGGCGGGAGCUGAAAAAGUGCAAUGACAAACGGGUUCACCGGAUGGCUGCAGUCAUGGUGAUGUGGUGGGUACUGGCUAUCACCAGCUGGAUAAGUGACAAGUGGUUCUGUUGGUUCUGGCAAGCCAUCAACUUCCCCUACUUGCACAGCUUCUGGCACGUACUGAUAGCCAUGUCCCUUCUGUACUGCUGCCCACUGGUCAUCUACUUUGACGUCAACUACGAGAUGCCAUCAUUCAAGCCAAAGCUGGAAUACUGGCCCAGCGACUCGUGGCCUGUUGUGGUGCCCUACGUUGCCCUGGAGGAACCCCACAAGCAGUGCUAG